GGUCACCAAGGGCCAUCGUUGUCAAUCGUCAGGCGUAUCGCUCGCCCUCCUCUCAAACGACCAUGUUCUGUUGAAAGCUUGCUUCAUCUCUCUUUCUCUUACUUUCUCCGAACUUGCCAGGCGCAAGCUAAAGCUAGUCUUUUCUUCUUCUCUUUGAACGGCCUGAGGCCGACUAGCUAUGGCAUCUUCCUCAAAUGCCGCUUCAAGUUCCUCGUUGGCACUGGCAGCGGAGACUCGCCCGGACGCGGGUCCGUUGCCGGCCAAGGUUGGAGAGAUUGGAUACACAGGGGACGUGGACGACCAGCAGCGACAAGUCACUCCUGCUGACGGAGCGAGCUUGCCAGAGCGGCAUCCUGCAGACAGAGAACACUCAUCUCCUCUGGCGACAGACUCCGCAGCACCAUCCACCGAACCCACGACAGACGCCUCCUCCACUCAUUCCAAACGCAGUAUCUCAUCAUUCCUAUCGAGCAAGAACCUACCCCGCUAUGGCGGCGUUAGCCUGGCGAACAUACUUCUCCUCACUCUCCAGACCAUCAUCUUAGCCGGCACGAUUGCCGGCUGGGUCAUGGCUUCAAAGUUCAUGAGCAAGGCGAGCGACUCUUCUGACGACUCCGGCGACAAUCAAUCCAACGGAGGAAGCAUGUCGUUUAGUAGCGGAGGCGCCACAAUCUUCGUCCAUGUCGCGUUCGCCGUCGUUUCUCUCGCACAGCUUUUACUACUCGAGCGACGUAUAUUCCGCAUACGGAUUCAACGGUACAUGCAUCUUCACCCCGGAGAGGUGCUUCCAACGUCCCUGAGCAGAAUCACACUCAGCCGUAGCGCCCUUCCCCUUGCGCCUUGGCAACGAGCGCCAAUCCCGACUUACGCAGCCACACUUGCGGCGGACGGAAUUGGAACGGGAGAUGUCGAGGAUAGCGAGAUAGCGAGGCCUCCACCGCCGGUGUACGGCGCUACGCGAGGGAGCAUGCUAUUAUUGGCCGGUUUUAUGAGGGAGAGCCUGAGAGCACAGGCAAGAGAGCACGAAAUCGAUCGCAGGAGCCAUAUGAGCACGAGGAGUGAUAGGCCUGCGAGUUUUGUAAGUCGGGACGAGGACUGGGAGGAAAGGAGGGACGCGGAGAGGGCCCGAACGGUGGAGGAGACGCUGGCUCGUUUAGAGGACGGACGAGGUGCCUCGGACAGCAGGUGACGAGAUCCCCAGUGCUGGCAGGGCCGCUACCCUUUUGUGUCCGAGGAUUCUUUAUAUUUUUGCUAUUGAUACUUUUGUGUAUACAGGCUCUGUAUUUGAACAAGACUUGCGGUGUGCUUUGCCCGCGCGCAGUUAGCUCAGUGAGUGUAUUCA